UUUUCCUUAUCGAGAUGACAAAGUCAACGUUAAUCUUCAAACAAAUCGAGACAGGUUUCAUUGCGAUGUAUCAAUCGUGUUCCAACAUGCACUUCAGACAGACGUGUAUCUAAUAAUACGUUAUUAUUAAUCCUAGUAAUACGUUAAUUAUUAUUGAGUGCAACAAUAUUUGGAUGUUCAAAAUUGUAAAGUCAUAGGUUAAAACCAUGAAACCUUGGAUGAAUAAACCACAAAUAAUAUACUUUUGUUUCGUGUUGACAAGAGCAUUAUUAAUUUCACAUGCCAGCGGUUUACCAGUGGAAACGGAGGAUGACAGAUGGAUCUGGGGCUACGUAAUUACUGAUAAACCAAAUGAGAGCCUAAGAGAAAGGAUAAAUACAGAACCUCAAAAGAACCCAUGCGGUCCACCUCCGGCGGUCCCUGACUUCAGAGCGCCGGGUCGGCGAAUAAGCCACGUGAAAUGUCUGGAAUACAUAUGGGAUAUCAAAGAGAGAGAAGAUUCAGUGACAAGAGCAAUAGAAUGUCAAAAAUAUCUCGAUUCUUUAAAAAAUGAAACGGUAAUUUACGGCGGUAUCGGUGGUCGCAUUACAGAACCAGGGGAGUUUCCUCAUAUGGGUGCCAUCGGCUGGAAAUCCUCGUUGGGGCAGUGGGUGUUCAAGUGUGGAGGUUCCCUCAUCAGCAAAAAGUACGUAUUGACCGCGGCGCACUGCUCCAAGGCUUCUGAAAGGGACACUACCAUCGCCGACGUCGAUCCCAAGAUUGUGAGGUUGGCCGAUAAAAACAUACUGGCAGUGGACGAGGAAGGAUUCAAUCCAGCUCAUUGGGACCAAAAUAUUGUAAGAAUCAUAAAUCACCCGGACUACAAACCACCGAAGAAAUAUAAUGACAUAGCCCUCAUAGAAUUGGAACCUGGUUUAUACUUUACUAGUUUUGUACAACCAGCGUGCCUUUACACCGGUUCUGACGAUGUGCUGGUGGGUAAAAAGGCUAUUAUGACAGGAUGGGGAGUAGUUGAAACAGUGAACCACACGACGUCUCCGGAGCUGCAAGCUGUUACGCUGGACGUGCUCGACACUAAGUUGUGCGACAACCUGCUGCAGCCGUCCUGCAACCGGCACUGGUGCGGCCUGCAGGAACACCAGAUGUGUGCGGGAGUCUUAGUGGGUGGCGCAGACGCUUGCCAAGGUGAUUCGGGAGGUCCUUUGCAGAUGGAAAUUCCCCUUCCACAGAAAAAUAAGAAGAUGACAGAUGGAUUUGGGGCUAUACUACUAUAGAUAAACCAAAUGACAAACUUAGUGAAAGGAUAAAUACAGCACCUCGGAAGAACCCAUGCCGUCCUCCACCGAAGGUUCCGGACUUCAGAGCGCCUGGUCGACGAAUAAGCGACGUGAAAUGUCUUGAAUACAUAUGGGAUAUCAAAGAGAGAGAGAAUAAAGUGACAAGAGCGAUCGCAUGUACUGAUUAUCUCAAUUCUAUAAAUAAAACGCUCAUUUACGGUAGCAGCGCUGGUGGUGUAGGUGGUCGCAUUACAGAACCAGGAGAGUUCCCUCAUAUGGUAAGUACUCCAGCAAUAUAAAACACUCCUACUUUCUCAAUAUAACAUCAUUGCCUUCUUAUAUAUAAUAUUUAAAUCAAUUCUACAAUAAUUCAUUUAUUGUAGAGCAUAGGUACAAUAAUGGGGUGUUACAUCAGUACAUACAGUUCAGCUAUGUCCUGCCAUAAGGCAUACAAUUACACAAUAACAUUAGAUGUCUCAAUUUAAAUUAAUAUUAUCAUAAAUGUCAAUUAAGUUUAUUUCCAUAUCUAUUUAUUCACUUCAUAUAACUUGUCAAUAACAAGUCUAUGUCUCAAUAUUAUACUCGUAUAUAUAAAAAAAAUGUCAAGUGGUACCCAGAAUGUCAUUGUUAAAUUUCUUUGUCAGAUAAAAAUUCCUUAAUUGUGUAGUAGCAUUUGUCAACUAAGAAAUUCUUUAACAUAUGCUUGAAACUGAGGACAUUCUCAUAACUUCUUAUUGGACCAGGAAUUUUAUUAUAUACACAAAGGGCGUUACAGAACACACUCUGAUUCAUAAGUGCAGUAUUCGAAGGAACCAUGCGGAAUUUAUCCCUAUGGCAUGCACUUGAUAAGACCUUAAACAUAUCUGUGUUAUUUUUAACAAAUAGAGCGCAAUCCAGAAUGUACAGACAUGGAAGUGUGAGUACCCUAUACUUUUUAAAAUACGGUUUGCACGAGUCGGUCAUGCAUAAAUUAAACAUUGACCUAAUACAACGUUUUUGGCAUUUAAAAACGAUUUCUUUGUCAGUUGCUUUACCCCAAAACAUUACUCCAUAUCUCGCACAGAUUUCCAGAUCCAACGUACCCAUGAUAAGCAGACAGUACAGCAUCUGAAUCUACAACUUUACUUAAUUGGUACAACGCAUAAGAAUGACUAGACAACUUAUUACAUAGCUGUUCAAUAUGGCUUUUCCAUUUUAAGUUACUGUCGAUAUAUAAACCUAGAAAUUUGUUUGUACUUGUUCCACAGAUUUGUUUAGCAGAGUAGUUCAUAUUUAGAUUCACUGCAUCAGUCCUUUCUCAUUAUACUUGUUUUGUCUAUGUUAACCUUUAAAUUUAUAAUAAAAUGUUGAUACAGUAGCACCACGUUUUUGUCGUAUAGUCUACCCAGUAACACUAUUAAUCCUAAGGAUCUACCUAGUAACGCAGAACUUUUAAUAUUAACGCAUAUCAGCGGAUGGCAUGAACUUCAUUUAGCAGAAAAUUAUUUGGCAUUUACUCAUUUAACAGACAUUCAAACGCAUAAUUUUGUCAGCCAGAAUCAGCUUUAAGAAUAAAUUUAAUAUUUACAAUAAUGAUUAUGCAGAACUAUCAUAUCGCAGAAAGUUCACAGUCAGAAUCGUCUUUCGGCAUACAAACAUUAUUUUUUUCUUGUUUAUUUAUGUAUUAUCUAUGGUGACUGGUACUUCGCCGACCGCUGCCGCGGCACUCUCGCUCCGCUCGCUCGGCUCGCGUUAAGAUUAGGUCAAAACACUAACCUAACCAAACCCACUGAUCACUAAUACCGAUUAUUCUGAGCGCAAUUAUGCAGAAAAUAAUUUUGCCAACGGUAAAUAUAUUUAAAUUAUACUUAAUAAAAUUCUGCCAUGUUAAAAGUAUGCUACUGUGAAUUCUAACAAAUAAACAUUCGACCGAUUAUUAUACUUAAUAAAAAAUAUGGCUUACAAAUAUUCGUUUAUAGAAGAUUAUGGCAAGUGUGUUAUGCCAAAUGAAUUUCGGAGCAACAAAAUUAUGGCAGAUGGAGGGAACCCUAAUCCUAUUGAUAAAACAGAACGGAAAAAGUUCCCUUUGGCUUUACUUUGUAGUCUUCUUCCAUAUAACUAUAUGGAAUAGCUCACCCUUUUAAUUUAUCUGGUAUCGUGUCAGGGCGCCAUUGGCUGGAAAUCCUCGUUUGGAAAGUGGGUGUUCAAGUGUGGAGGUUCUCUAAUCAGCAAAACGUAUGUAUUGACCGCGGCGCACUGCUCUAAGGCUUCUGCAAGUGACACCACCGUCGCCGACGUUGAUCCCAAGAUUGUGAGGUUGGCCGACAAAAACAUACUGGAAAAGGAUGAGCAAGGAGUCAAUCCAGCUCAUUUUGACAAGAAAAUUUUAAGAAUUAUAAAUCACCCGGACUACCGACCACCGAAGAAAUAUAAUGACAUAGCCCUCAUAGAAUUGGAACCGGGAUUGUUCAUUACUAGUUUUAUACAACCAGCCUGCCUAUUAGCCAUUUCUGACGAUCGGCUGGUGGGUUCGAAGGCUGUUAUGACAGGAUGGGGCGUAGUCGAAACAGUGAACCACACGACGUCUCCUGAGCUGCAAGCUGUAACGCUGGACGUCCUCGACAAUAAUUUGUGCGACAACCUGCUGCGGCCGUCCUGCAACCGGCACUGGUGUGGCCUGCAGGAACACCAGAUGUGCGCGGGAGUGUUAGCGGGCGGCGCAGACGCUUGCCAAGUGUGUGAUUAAUAAACAGCUCGUUAUAAAUGGUGUCAUGCCGUCUCUACAUUUGUUGAAUAGGCGUGAACACAAAUGUGGACGGUUUCCGCGGCUUCAGAGAUCGAAGUCAUCACCACUGAUGUGAAUUCACGGCGCGAAUUCACGCUAUUCACUGCACUAGUGUGGAGCCGGUAAGGACUCAUCACCACUGAUUUGAAAUAAUGGCGCGAACUCGCGCCGUAAUACCAGUGGGCAAUACCAGUAGGUGUUGAGCCGAUAUAAGAGUCUUACCCUCUUGUUGCAUCAACAUACCUCACACUGCAAAAGCCUAGUAAAUGAACGGCACGUCGGUGACUUCCCCGCGGUCAAAUGGCCGCCACUUAGAAAACCACUAGAGCCUCUCGCCAUUUUUCGACCUAAUCUCAAGCCUAAAUAAUCUCACGUCCCUAGCCCUUGUGAUGCUGUAAGUCUGCGAUUACAUUAGAUCAUGGCGAAAAUAAUAGGGGCUGUGCUAAUACAUUAUGAUCUCUGUUAAUUAAAUACAAAUGAACUGAAUUGCUUACACACAAUUGGUUUUCAGGGCGAUUCGGGAGGUCCUUUGCAGAUAGAAUUUCCCCUUAUACAAAAAAAGAACUGUACAUCGCUCCCUGGCUAUUGCAAAAGACGAAUGCACGUUGUGAUUGGUGUGACGUCUUUCGGAGUGGGUUGCGCUCUACCCAACCUGCCUGGAGUCUACACCAGGGUCUUCAGCUACCUCGACUGGAUCGAAAGCAUCGUCUGGAAAUAAAUAGAUACAUAAUGUGGCUGUUUCUUUGUCUCCUUUUUGAUUGACCGUUUUGUCGUGGCAAAUUCUAAGUUCUUACAAUUAGGUACAUUAAUAAACGAAUUUCUUUAGAGAGAUAAAAAGUGGUAUUCC